GAACACCAUUGGAUAUUUCUCAACGAUUACAAUAUCAUAAUUAUACAACAUCAUACAACAAUGAACAAUAUGCUGCAACAAUAACAGCAACAACAAUAACAGCAACAACAACAACACCGACAACAACAACAGCAACAACAACAACAACAAUAAUAGCAACAAGUGCUGGAACAUUAAACAUUCCUACAACAACAUUUACAAAAAGUGUUGCUCAAGUUUAA